AUGCAGAAUCGCAGGGAACCCCAGCGGCGAUCUCCAGUUACUGCCACGAGCCCCACUUUACCUCGAACGAAAGGCAAAUCGCGAGCCAGACCCUUAGCUCAUCGCUUGACAUUCAUUGAUAGCCAUCAAGGUGUUCGCAGGCUGAGCGCUGAAAAUGCAGCGAAGCAUCGCCAUGCAAUCUUUACAGAAGCCGAGCGUCGUCAGAUGAGCGAGGAACUGAUUGAUUCUGUAUAUGGACGAGAUACUGACCAGGUCUUAUUAGACUUGGAAAGAUUCGAGUUUAGCACAAAUAACCUUGCGUCGUUCUCUCUGUUCCGCGGACCUUUCGGGGUUUCAAAACUCACUCAUUCGCCGGAGACAGAAACCAUAAGUCCUGAGGAUGAAGAAGAAGAAGAAGAAGAAGAAGAAGAAGAAGAAGAAGAAGAAGAAGAAGCAAUACUUCCGAUUGAAGACUGGCUCAUAGAGUCAAAUUCCUUAUCCACCCCGACAAUAGAGACAGGCUACCCCGGGGUUCUCCAUGAUUUCGAUGAUCUCCUAGACAACGACUCAAUAUCAUGGGGUCUGAUACCAUCAGAAAUCAAAGAGAGUGAACAGUCUUUCCGGUCGCCCCAGCCGCCACUAGAAAUCCUACCCAUAAGUCUCAAUGGAAACACAGAAGCAUGGCCGCUUCUAUCACACUACAGAGACAGGGUUGUUCCUUUGAUAUCGCCAUUCGAGCAUGGCCAAGAGGUCCCGUGGAAAAACCUAGUUGUUCCUUGCGCGGUCAGCACCUUUGGAGAGACGAUCAUUGGCGGCACUACCUCUCAUGCACGCCUCGCGCUAUUAAAUGCUCUUCUGAGCGCUAGCUCAUUUCAUUUGGGUCAACAUUCAGCAACGUGUAUUGAUCAUUGGACCGAAACAGGGGAUUCCUACUUGAAGCUUGCUCAGCAUCAUUUGAUUCAAUGUGUCGAGGAAGCGAAUAUGUCUCCACCAAGACAGAGCAAGUACAAGGAAGUCUUGAUGGCAUUAUUAAGCCUUUCUACGGCUUACAUGAUAAAGGGCGACUCGGAGAAGCGCUUGUCAUGCUUGAUUCAAGCAGAAAGAUUCAUCAGUGUCAAUGGAUUCACACAGACUACCGUCUCCUCUAAACGGAGAGCCCUGCACCACUGUUAUGCAUAUAUGCGCAUAAUGGCUGAAACAACAAGUAUUGACAGUUUAUGUGCAAACAUGGCCAGCACUAACAUAUCAGACGAAGACUCAUCCCAAGCAGCGUUUCGAAUCUACCCUGGCGUCACGUUCUCAGGCGACAUCAUGGCGAUGGAAAAGGACCCCAAUGUGGCACAGCGUGAUUUGCAUCUAGCAAUCCCAGGUAGCUGGAGCUUGACUCUUUUUCCUGAGAUGUAUGGGGUUACCGAGAGCUUUUUGAUGCUUCUCUCACAGGUGAUACGUCUUGCCAAUGAAAGAGAUCUAUCUAUGACCGAGGAUAGAACAGGGGGAUUGGAUCUGAAAGAAUUUUGGAUUCGAGCAAAAGUGUUGGAGAAGGGCAUACAUCUUCUUGUCUCGUCAUGUCCAACAGGCAAGGUACUAGUCGACAGUUUGAGGGGCGAGAGUCAAUUUGAAAGCGCGCGGGCACAGGCAAUGUACACUGCCCUGCUUGUCUACUUCCAUCGCCGCAUAUAUGAUCUCGAUGCCGCUCUUUUACAAAGAGAAGUCGAUGCGGUAGAGGAUUCCUUGAUAAGAGCUCAAGAGGCAGCGGAUCGCCAUUAUGGAAGCACAGCUACUUUGAUAUGGCCUGCGUUUAUUGCCGCUUGUGAAGCUGUUCGCCCAGAGUCAGAGUUGUUCUUUUCCUCGUGGUUUGAUUCCUGUUACGCAGCAACUGGGCUCAGGGAUGUGUCGCUCGCAAAGCAAGUUUUUGAAAUUAUAUGGACUAAGAGAAGAGAGAAUGGUCCUGACGGGUGCAGCUGGCCAGAAAUUUUGCGAACCAACAAGAUACGGCUGAUGUUUAUAUGA